GGGUAUAUAUAGUUUAAAGAGUGUUUCAGUUUCGGGGAACGUAUUUCACCAUUAACCUUCCUCCAAAGUAAAAGGUCUAUAAUUUCAUGUGAAAUGAAGCAAAGUAAAAGAAGAACUACGUGUCAGUUUUAAUUUCUUCCCCAAUUAAAAACUGCUCUCCUAAAAGCAACAGUUUCACGCAGUUCUCCAGCGGAAAACUUGUGCAAUUUAUUGGAGUCUAAGUAAUGCUGCAGAUUGGUCCCGGUCCCCCGUGGCUCAGCAAACCGAUUUGUCUGACGGUGGAAAUGAAGCGGCACUAAUGUCCUCUCUUUUAGCUCGGCUCGCAUUCAUCACCACAUUUGUUUUCUCUCUCCCGCUUCAGGACCUGGGGAGUUCAGACGGUCCACCGAGGAACUGGAAGGGCAUCGGGAUCGCCAUGGUGGUGAUCCUGGCCGUCAUGUCCCUGGUCACCCUCUCCGUCGUCGUCCUGACGCCCGACGAGUCUCACUUGUUACUCCGCUCCCAUGUGACCAUGGAGGAUCUGGAGAGCGAGGAGUUUAAAGUUCACGAUCCCUGUGCGGCGUGGUUGAACGAGAAUGAAGUGGCGCUGCGCACCAGAGAGGGACAUGUCCUGACAUUCACCCUCAGCAACAACCUAACCACAACUCUGCUGGACAACAGCUCUCUGGACCUGACCUCAUCUAAAUUCCAGGUGUCUGCAGACAAGAGGUUUGUCCUCUUGGCGUAUAACAUUCGACCGGUGUUUUCUCAGUCCUUCACAGCCUCCUAUGCCAUCUACAGUGUGGCUAAUGGGGAUCUGCUGGAGCUUAGCCCUCCUGAGAGGGAGACGACAGAGUUGCAGUAUGCUUCUUGGGGACCCCAGGGUAAUCAGCUGGCCUUUGUGUUUGACGGAGACAUCUACUACAAGCCCAGCGUGACGAGCGACUCGCUGCGUCUCACGUCCACUGACGAGGACCAGAAGGUGCUGAACGGACUCUCUGACUGGACCUACGAAGAGGAGGUGCUUCUGACAUACGCUGCCCACUGGUGGUCUAUGGACGGUGCCCGGCUUGCAUAUCUCCGCAUCAACAACUCCGUGACACCUGUGAUGGAAAUACCUCACUUCCUGGGAGGCCUCUACCCUUCCAAUAUGAUUUUUCCGUACCCAAAGGCUGGUUCCAGUAUCCCAACAGUCAGCCUGUUUGUAGUGAACCUUUACGGUCCAGCUCACACUCUGGAGAUGCUGCCUCCCGACUCCCUCAGGUCCAGGGAAAACUACAUCUCCAUGGUGAGCUGGAUCAGCAGCACCCGGCUCGCGGUUCGCUGGCUGAACCGUGCCCAGAACCAAUCAGUGCUCUGCGUGUGCGAGGCCACCACGGGGGCAUGCUCAGAGAAACAUAAAAUGGCCAUGGACAUGAUGCAGAACCAGCGACAGGACUUGCCUUUGUUUACGUCAGACGGCUCAAUGUUUUAUACGAUACUUCCAGCAAAGCAAGGCGCUCGUGGAGAGUUUCACCACAUUGCUGGUCUGACAGUUCAGCCUGCCAUCCCCUCUGUCCCCCCGCGCUUCUUGACAUCGGGGAGCUGGGAUGUCACCUUGCUCUGCGCCUUAGACGAGAAGGCUGGAAAGAUCUACUUUCUGAGCACAGAAAAAUCGAGAGAGAGCAGGCACCUUUACAGUGUGGAUUUGAAUGGAGUGUUUCAGCGUCGCUGCAUCUCCUGUGGCCUCAUUGACGGAUGUGGAUUCUUUAAAGCCAUUUUCAGUCCAAAUCAAACCCACUUCAUCCUCUACUGCCUGGGCCCAGGAAUCCCUAAAGUGACGGUUCACAGCAUGAAGGACCCCUCUAGUUAUGUCGUCUUGGAGGAUAACAGCCUGCUGUCUGCAGCUCUGAAGGACAAGAGGCUCCCGGAGAGUCUGUUCAAGACAGUCCAAUCAGACAAUCAUGAUCUGCACCUGAAGCUGACUCUGCCUCAUGGCUACGAGGCCAACCUGCACCCGCUACUCAUUAUUGUCGACGGCACGCCCGGCAGCCAGACUGUGACGGAGGAGUUUUCCCUCGGCUGGCCUCAGGUCCUCUGCAGCACGCACAGCGUGGCUUUGGCCUGGGUGGACGGCCGCAGCGGCGUCGGCCGCGGCCAGAAGACCGUCGCCGUUGACCCCCGGAAGCUCGGCACACUGAGAGUCAAAGACUACCUUCGAGUUGUAGAGUUCAUGCAGCUUCCUUACAUCGACUAUCGACGGAUAGCCCUUUUUGGAAAGGCACUUGGAGGUUAUUUAGCGCUCAAAAUGUUAGCUGCAACCGACAACCUCUUUCAAUGCGCUGCAGCUGUAGCACCAAUAACGGACUUCAGGUUUUACAGUGCAGCGUUUUCUGAAAGGUAUCUUGGGUUUCCAGCAAAGGAGGAGCAUGCUUACAUGACUGCAUCUGUCCUUGAAGAAGUCAACAAACUAAAAGAGGAGAACUUCCUCAUUGUGCAUGGAACUGCAGAUGCGAGGGUCCACUUCCAGCACAGUGCUGAGCUACUAAGCCGCCUGGUGAAGGUGGAGGCCAACUACUCCCUGCAGCUGUACCCGGACGAGGGCCACGUCCUGAGAGAGCUCCGCAGUGUCAGACAUUUCCAGCGGACUGUGGUGAACUACCUCCAAAACUGCCUGAAACACAGCACCCUUCUAGAUGCCCCAGAGGAAGAAGAAGAGGAAGACGACUGAGCCCAGAGGCCUUUGUCUCUCCCUCCUGAAGGACUCAUGAUGAGGACUGGAUGCACCGGUUAUGCAUUUCAUUGGGUCAGGUCACCAGGAAUUAGAGCAGAGGAGUGGGGACCAAAAGCAUCAGAUCACCUCCUGUAACUUCUGGAUAAAAUGUUGUUCUGUACGACAUGAUGUUGCACACAAUUAGUUCAGCCGUUUUGUUGUAUGUUUUGAGAAAGAGUUUGUUUACAGAAUUCACUUGAGACAAUGUGGGGGAGACUGCCACUGACUCAAAACGUUUACAAAGAUUAUAAAGCAUGCAUGUCAUAACGGCUGCAUGAUGCUGAUUAUGUAUUUUGAGCCAUUUUUUUUUCAAAGAUUUUUGUUUUGUCUUCAAAAUUUGGAGAUGGGGCCUCUAUUUAGGUCAGGUUUUGAAAUCCGGUGUGCUUCAACUUUUAGAUGCAUUCUUGCUUCGGCAGUCCUCAGUCAAAUGAUUUGAUGUUUUUUUGGUAUUUGGAAAACAAGGUGUUUCAAAAACCUUGUUUUCCAAGGUCACAGUCACAGUUGACUGGUACUUCCCUGUUACUGAGCAACCCAAGGGGAUUUCCACCCACUUCAUUAUUAGACAGUGAAAACCUUCGGUCAGCUGGUUUUACUCCUGUAUGCUCUCUGCAAUGGCUGCUGGAAAAGACAAGAAUGUUGAAAAUUGCACAUUUGUUUGUUGCCAUUUUCACUUGUAUAAAGAGCAAGUCUAAAUAUUGGGGGCGUGGCCAGCAGUAAUUAAUUUGCAUAAAAGUGACAGAGCCUUUUAACAGCUCGUUCUGCAGUGAAAUGAGAUGAGAUGGUGAAAUGUCACCAAUAUGUAAAAAUAUGUAAUGAACAUGUUUUGUGUAGCCCAGAGAGCUGUCUUACCUUGUUUGAAAGGAAGCAGAAUAAGUCCCCUUUAAAUGACCUCCGCAGUGUGAAAUCAAGUUCUGCAGAGGCCCAGUAAUGGAUCUCUGUACUGGAACUCAUAUGUAUCUAAAAGUUGCAAGUCAAUAACUCUUGAAGAGUUGGCUUAGAGUGUGCCAAACCUGCCGAGUGAGUGCUGUUGAAGGUAGAAACUGACGCAUAAAAGAAACAUCCUAACACAAAACUAAAUACUUGGGAUGGUUACUAAAUAAAUGAAUGUAAAUCCAAAACUUUAGCAAAAGUGUAUUUGGUACUUAGGUGCUAGCCUGCUGAUAGUCAGGAAGGACACUGGUCUGUUCGUAACCUGCAUGAUGUCAGAUUACAGUCUGAGUUAUGGUUGCAUCCCUAUGGAUUAGUUUAUCAUCAAAAAGUAAAUGUCAGAAUAUCUUCAAAAAGUGAAAUUAUUUCAGUGAUUCAAUUCAAAAAGUGAAACUCACACCGAUUUACUGCAGACUUUGGACUUCGUUAAACAUUGUGGACUAACACCAGUAGUUGCCAUGACUCCCACCAGUCAUUCUUUUUCUAGAACAGCUUUUCCUUUCACUCAAUUUUCCAAUAAUAUGUUUGGAUACAUCACUGUGAACAGCAUUGGCCUUUGGUGACUUACACUCCUUUAGGAGGGAAUUAAUGAAAAUCUACUGGACAUUUGUCAAGUUAUGUGUGAUUCUAUAGAUAAUGACAUGAUUUUUACAUAAAUUCAUGUUUUAAAAAACAUUUUUAAUGGUCUCAUAGUUUUGAGGUUUUCAUUAGCUGUAAACCACAAUUAUCUAAAUAAACAGAAAUGAUGUUGAAAUAAAUCACUGUGUAUAAUGAAUCUAUACAAAGUAUGAGUUUCACUUUUUUUAUUUGAAUAACUGAAAUAAAUCAACUUUUCAAAUAUAUUCUAAUUUAUUGAGAUACACAUUUUCUUUUUGCAUUUUUACAGUGUGUUGCCGGAUUAUGCAGUGUUGCGUUAAGGAUGAAGACCAUUCUAAAUGUGCCAAAUACAUUUUACAGAUUUUGUCCUCUGGUUUUGUUUGCAUUGUGUGAAUAACAAUGAGUAUGCAACUGAAAUGCAACAGAGACUAUUUAUACCAUGCUCCAGUUCAAAAGUGAGUAUAUGUUACAGGAACGUAUACGUGUCUGUGCACUGUAUCUAAAAGCAUUAUUUCUGUUUUGAUACAUUGUGGCAUUUUAACCAUUUAUUGUGUAAUGCAGGAUUAAAUUAUUUCUUUGGAAAAA